AAUCUUAAUGCAAUCGAAGAAUCCAAUCCUUAGGUUCUUACCACGUUUGUUGUAGUGGCUUUAUUAAACAAAACAUAUAACCAAAAGUUACUACUUUUCAACAACAAAGAAGAAAGAAACAGAAACCCUCGAGUCAUCCCCCCACAUCGCACUCUAAAGCAUAGUCUUUCUUCUUAGAAACAAAUAAUCUCCGGCCCUUUUACUAAAAGUCAAUAACAAAGAACUCUUUCAAAUUCCAAGUAUAUACUUAAGACAAAUUUAUAAACACCACCCAAAAACCUCUCUGAAUUCUCAAUCAACUUUUCAUUUCAGAAAACAGAGAAAGAAGAAGAUAAACUCUGCGAUCAGAGACUAUGAGAACUUGUAUUCUUCUGUUUGUACUGCUACUAUCUCUUUCAGCAAAUCCAAGCACUGGUUUUAAAUUUCAAGACCAUGUAUUAAAUCAUCUUCCAAAUUUCACUUCUUCUUCUUCUUCUUCUUCUCCUUGGGAUUACUUCAAGAACUUUACUGGGUGUCAAAUAGGUGAAGAAAGAAAUGGAUUAGCUAAACUAAAACAAUAUUUUCAUCAUUUUGGUUAUAUUCAGGAUAUACCGAUAUCAAACUUCACUGAUAAUUUUGAUUAUUCAUUUGAGAAAGCUCUCAAAACUUAUCAAAAGAAUUUCAAUCUAAAUCAAACAGGAAUUCUUGAUAAUCAAACUUUACAACAGAUUCAACGUCCAAGGUGUGGUGUUGCUGAUAUAAUCAACGGUGCAAGUUCGAUGAAUUCUGGUAAAACAACUUCUGAUUCUCAUGUUCAUGGUGAUGGUUCUACUAAAUUCCAUUCAGUUGCUCAUUACACGUUUUUUCCCGGACAACCAAGAUGGAGACCGAGAAACCGGAGACUCACUUACGCUUUUGCACCGGGAAAAAACUUGCCGGAUAAUGUCAAGUUAACCUUUGCAAAUGCUUUCAAACGUUGGGCAGAAGUAACACCGUUAAGUUUCGUUGAAACAGAGUCUUAUUCAACUGCCAAUAUCAGAAUAGCGUUUGCUAACGGUGAUCAUGGUGAUGGAGAACCGUUUGAUGGGACUUUAGGUACGUUAGCUCAUGCAUUUUCACCACCAAAUGGUAGAUUCCAUUUAGAUAGUGCUGAAGAUUGGAUUGUUGAUGGUGAUGCGAGUACAUCAAAUAUAAGAUCAGCUGUUGAUUUAGAAUCAGUUGCUGUUCAUGAGAUUGGUCAUUUACUUGGAUUAGGACAUUCAUCAGUUGAAGAAUCAAUUAUGUAUCCUACGAUUGCAUCUAGGAAGAAAAAAGUUGUUCUUCGUGAUGAUGAUAUUGAAGGAAUUCAAGUGUUAUAUGGUGGUAAUCCUAAUUAUAAUGGGACGUCAACGAUUCCUUCUUCAUCUCAUCAAGAGAGGGAGGAAAGUAGCAAUGGAGGAGCUCAGGAUUUGAAUGUAAGAACUUAUUGGUGGGCUUAUUCUGUUUUUGUGGUCCUAGUUACAAUUUUUUACUGAUGCAGAGCUAGAUAAACAAGAACACAUAAAAACUUUUUUUUUUUUUUAUAGAUUUUAAAUUUUUUCAAUCCGAAUAUUAGAAAAUUUGGGAUUUUGUUGUUGAACAGUGGUUACAGAGUUACGAUGUAGAUAUCAUUUAUAAAAUCUUGAAACCUUGUACGAUGGGUAUCUUUGAUUUCUUA